UAAAGAUUCUUGGUAACCUGAUUUAGAGCAGUUUGGUGGGUUCACUCUUCUCUUCUUUUGUGGUGAUAUCUUGGGUAGUGGGUUGAGACCAGGAUAGAUGACUGGGGAUGAAGCUGGGGGUAGCUCCUCAUGGAGUAGAGAGCAAGAUAAAGCAUUUGAGAAUGCUCUUGCAACUUAUCCUGAGGACUCCACAGAUCGGUGGGAGAGAAUUGCUGGUGAUGUUCCUGGGAAAACUCUAGAGGAGAUUAAACAUCAUUAUGACCUUCUGGUGGAUGAUGUUAACCGGAUUGAAUCAGGUUGUGUACCUCUUCCUGCCUAUAAUUCUUCUGAAGGUUCAACGAGCCAGGCUGGAGAUGAAGGAACUGGAAGUAAAUCGAGAUCAGAUCAGGAACACCGCAAGGGGAUUGCCUGGACAGAAGACGAACACAGGCUGUUUCUGCUUGGUUUGGAUAAAUGUGGGAAAGGAGACUGGCGAAGUAUAUCAAGGAACUUUGUGGUGACAAGGACACCUACACAGGUUGCAAGCCAUGCCCAGAAGUACUUCCUCCGGUUGAACUCAACGAACAAAGACAGAAGACGAUCAAGUAUUCAUGAUAUCACCAGCGUUGGCAAUGGAGAUAUUUCAGCACCUCAAGGACCAAUUACUGGUCAAACAAAUGUGUCUGUUGCAGGAGGCUGCUCUGGCAAAUCAACGAAGGAACCUCCACAACCUCCAGCUGGACCCCCAGUUGUUAGCAUGUAUGGUGCUCUGACCAUCGACCAACCAAUAAGUGGACCGCUUGUCUCAGCAGUAGGCGCUCCAGUGAACCUUCCUGCCCCACCGCAUAUGGCAUAUGGUGUUAGAGCUCCAGUUCCUGGAGCCGUGGUUUCCGGUGUGCCAAUGAACAUGGGUCCGAUGACAUAUCCUAGAGCUCCAGUUCCUGGAACAGUGGUUCCAGGUGUGCCAAUGAACAUGGGUCCGAUGACAUAUCCUAGAGUUCCAGUUCCUGGAACAGUGGUUCCAGGUGUGCCAAUGAACAUGGGUCCAAUGACAUAUUCAACGCCGCACACUGCCCAUGAGUCAUUUAUGCAGUAUAAUUAGGUACAAGAUGUAUAAAGUUGAAGACUUUUGGGCUUGUGCUGAUGUGAGGUUGUCUAUUUCUAUCCGGAAUAAGAUGUGUAGUUGAAAGCAGCAAGUUGUGUGAAAUGCUCAACUGUGAUUUGUUUAUCCUGAAUUAGCUAUAUUAUAGAGAGAGGAAGUAUAUGCGAAUAUAUAGACACCUAUGGAAAAUGUGGCAGCAAGAACAUUUGUCAUUUUUAGUGUUGUUUUAAGUAAUCUAGAAAGUCUAUAAGUCAGGCUGUUAGUGUUAGACAUAGUGUUUUAAACUUUUUAUUGCAAAAAGGUUGUAAAGAAUCUUCUUGUCCUUUGGUUAUUCUAUUUUGAGCAGCAAUCCUGAGCAUAUACUAUGCUGGGGGCUUUCAUUUUUCAAA